UUGCACAAUAAUGUUGACCGUUCAAUCCUAUUAUUUUAAUACCUUUUCUGUCAAAUAACAUUAUUCAUUAUGUCUGACAAUAUCGGAAUGCAAAAUACCGAAAAUAUGAAUGAAUCUAUUACUAACUUGAUUGAAGAAGCCAUCGUUAAAGAGCAUUUAAAAUUUUACGAAUACGAACAAUUUAGUAACUUUCAACAAAUUGGUUCUGGGAGUUCUGGAAAAGCAUACCGUGCAAAUUGGAAAAAUUCAGAAAAACAAUUUGCAAUAAAAUCAUUUUAUAAUUUUAACAAUAUCACUCUGAAAGAAAUUAUUCGUGAGGUAAAAAUUCAACGUGAAGUUGAUGUUCGCGAUAAAAUUAUGUAUUGUCAUGGAAUAACAAAAUUCGAAUCAGAAAAUCAUGAUAAUAAUUAUAAUUAUAUGUUGGUAAUGGAAUGUGCAGACGGUGGUAGUCUUCGAGACUAUUUGAAGAAUAACUUCAGUAAACUUGCUUGGAGUGAUAAAUACCUUAUGGCAUACCAGCUAGCUUGCGCUGUAUCAUGCUUAUAUAAUAUGGGGAUUGUUCAUUGUGAUCUGCAUUCUGGCAAUGUAUUAGUUCAUCAAAACAAAAUCAAAUUGGCAGAUUUUGGAUUAUCAAAAAGAAUUAGAGCAUCAUCUAAUUUUCAAUCCAAAUUAUUUGGGAUGAUUCCUUAUGUUGAUCCAAAAACCUUUAACGGACAAAGAAAUGAUAAUAACCAAACAACACAAAUAUAUACACUAAAUACACUAAAUGAAAAAAGUGAUGUUUACAGUAUUGGAGUAUUAUUAUGGGAAAUAUCAAGUGGGCGACGUCCUUUUUACGAUCGAUAUAAUGUUAAUUUAAUUUUGGAAAUUUCAAAUGGUCUUAGAGAAACUAUUAUUCCUGACACACCUGAAGAUUACAUAAAAAUUUAUACUAAAUGUUGGGAUAAUGAGCCAGAUAAUCGACCAACUAUAUAUCAAGUAGUUAAUUGGUUGAAAGAAAUCAUUUCAAAUACAGUUGUAACACAAAAUACUCAAUUCUCAAGCAAGAAAGAACUUAAUGAGAAUCUAGAAUCACAAAGAGAAAUAUCUCAAUUUAUUCAAAACUUUAAUAAAAUAAAUAUACAAGAAAUUGAUCCUAAAAUAUUAUCAAAUGAACGAGAAAAAGUUUUAUUUGAAAAAGGUUUUGACAUAAUAGAUGAAGUAAAUGAUUAUAUUAUUAAACUUGUAAAUAGAGGAAUUGAAUGGCAGAUGUUAAAGCGACAAAUUAUUGAUUAUUUUGUUAAUUACAAUAUUGAUUUGCAAGAAAUGUAUAAUUGGUUAUUGAAUAAUCAAAACAAUUCAAAUUCUAUUUUUUUAUUUGGCUAUUUUAAUUUUUAUGGAAUUGGAGUAAAACGUGAUUAUAAAAAAGCAUUUAAUUUAUUUGUUGAUGCAU